CAGCAAGGGUGAGAUGCUGCGGUGCGGCGUCUGAUGAGCGCACAGAGACUAGUCGAGCUUCUGGGAUGUACAUACGAUAGAUAUGGAAAUGAACCAAAUACUACGCGACUGAUCUGUGACAAAUCACCGCAUGUGAAGACAAAACCCCAUACACGGCAGAACACUGGAAAUCCUCUGUCCGGCUAGAAGCCAUAAAACCGACACCUCUUCCCUCAACAUCAUCUUGCCAAGUAGCCUACUCCUGUCAAUGCGAUUUAGCUUUGCAUGAAUCCCUCCGUUCUGGCUUGCAGGUUCAGGACAAAUCGGGCGGCGUUGAAGAAGGGGAUUCUGUGAGCACCUUAAACGCGUCUCCGAGCACCCCGAGCUUUGCUAUCAGGAUGGCAUUAACGAUCUGCACAAGAUUUACUGAUGAAUAUCAGCUCUUCGAGGAACUGGGAAAGGGAGCUUUCUCUGUGGUCAGAAGGUGCGUGAAGAUCUCCUCUGGACAGGAGUUUGCUGCAAAAAUAAUCAACACCAAGAAGCUUUCUGCCAGAGAUCGCAACCCAACUAAGGGCAUACCGCCACCUACUGUAUCGGACCGUGUAGAUAGGCAAGUGUGCUCGGAUCAUCAGAAGUUGGAGAGAGAGGCAAGGAUUUGCCGUUUACUCAAACACCCCAACAUUGUAAGACUACAUGACAGCAUAUCAGAAGAGGGAUUCCAUUAUUUGGUGUUUGAUUUAGUCACAGGAGGAGAGCUGUUUGAGGACAUUGUUGCCAGGGAGUAUUACAGUGAGGCGGAUGCAAGCCACUGCAUACAGCAGAUCCUGGAGAGUGUCCAUCACUGCCAUGUGAACGGCAUAGUCCACAGAGACCUAAAGCCUGAGAACCUUCUAUUGGCCAGUAAGCUGAAGGGGGCGGCGGUCAAGUUGGCUGACUUUGGGCUGGCUAUCGAGGUGCAGGGCGACCAGCAGGCCUGGUUCGGGUUUGCGGGAACCCCGGGCUACCUGUCCCCGGAGGUGCUGAGGAAAGACCCGUAUGGAAAGCCCGUUGAUAUGUGGGCCUGUGGUGUCAUUUUGUACAUUCUGCUGGUUGGGUACCCUCCAUUCUGGGAUGAGGACCAGCAUCGUCUCUAUCAGCAAAUCAAGGCUGGGGCCUACGAUUUCCCUUCUCCAGAGUGGGACACAGUGACCCCUGAGGCCAAGGACCUGAUCAACAAGAUGCUGACCAUCAACCCCAGCAAACGCAUCACUGCCACAGAGGCCCUGAAACACCCCUGGAUCUGUCAACGCUCCACUGUGGCCUCCAUGAUGCACAGACAGGAGACUGUGGAGUGCUUGAAGAAGUUCAACGCACGGAGAAAACUCAAGGGAGCUAUAUUGACAACUUUGUUGGUCACACGAAAUUUCUCAGCAGCCAAAAGUUUACUGAACAAGAAGGCCGACGGGGUCAAGGUGAACAACAAAGCCAACACAGUGACCAGCCCCAAAGAGACAGGCCCUGCCCCUGCACUGGAGCCACAGACCACUGUCAUUCACAACCCUGUCGACGGAAACAAGGAGUCGGUUGAGAGUGCCAACACCACCAUAGAGGACGAGGACGUGAAAGCCCUGCGCUUGGGCAGCUUAGUGGGCAGUUUGUUGGGCUCUAAGGGCCGCUCUUCCCAGAUGUCUGAGCCAAGGCAGAGUCCCACCUCCUCAGUGCAGACCUGCUCCAAUAACAAUAAAGCUCGCAAACAGGAAAUAAUCAAAGUCACCGAGCAGCUUAUCGAGUCUAUCAACAAUGGAGACUUUGAGGCUUAUGCGAAGAUCUGUGACCCUGGGCUCACUUCCUUUGAGCCUGAAGCCCUGGGCAACCUUGUGGAAGGACAUGACUUCCACCGCUUUUACUUUGACAACGCUCUGUCUAAAGGCAACAAGCCGGUGCACACCAUCCUGCUGAACCCCCACGUGCACCUGAUCGGUGAGAACGCGGCCUGCAUCGCCUACAUCCGCCUGACCCAGUACAUGGACGGCAGCGGCAUGCCCCGCACCAUGCAGUCCGAGGAGACCCGCGUCUGGCACCGCCGUGACGCCAAGUGGCAGAACAUACACUUCCACCGCUCCGGCGCCCCCAGCGUGCCGUCCCAGUAAAGGCAAGCGCCCACAUUAUGGUCAUCAUCAUCAUCUUCAUCGUCACCAUGUCCCUGGAACAGGCAGCGCAUGUGUUGCCGGGGAGUGAUAGCGCUAGUAGCAGUUAGCGAUAGCAGCAGUUAGAGCUUUCUGAUUUGUGUGUGCCUCUAACCUAUUUUUUUUGUCUUUUGCAGAUAAUGGGAAGUGAAGAUUUGGUAAAUAAAUAAAAAAUCCCAUCAGAAAAUCUUUGCAGGGGUCAGUCAACUAGCCAACCUCUGACCAUUAUCAGAACCCAAGCCCUCAAUAAGGACAUCGCACAGGACAAGAGUAUUAAUACGUUUUACUGCAUUUUGUUAAUGGACAUCCUUCAAACCACUGAUUGGUGGUCACACACACCAUAUUUGGACAUUGUCAAAUGAGCAUAUUAAUUCUAUUUAUCUUUUGUUGUUUUUUUUAAGAUGUUUUGGUAUGCAUUUUAAAUAUGAUAUUUAGAGAUGUUUAAAUUCUACGACUGUAUCCUCUCCCAAAAAUUUGUUCUGUAUUUUUAUGUGUAAUGUGUGUGCAAUACAAAACAUUUGAAAGAUCAGAAUGUUAAAAUUAAGCUUGCUUUAGUUCUGGUGAUGUAUAUAUAUAUACAUUGUGAUUGUUGAUAUAAAACAAAAGUUGAAAAUUGCUAUUCUUGCUAUCAGAGAAAUUAAGAGUUUACGUAAACCGAGUUUAUCAGCUACAUUUAUGUUUGCAAUGAGCUAAGUCAUACUGUUUAAAUCGUCAGAUUUCAACCUAUAACACUAAUUUAAUUAUGAAGUAAAGCAGAGCAGCUUAUACUUUGCAUUAAGAUGUUUGCCUUUAUAUCAGUUAAAUAAGAAAUAAGAGAAUGUAGCAUAUAUGUAACAUAUGAAAAAUCAAGUUUAUUGUGUAGUGCAUGGGGGGGUAUUGUGAGUAAGACACUAUAAUAUCUUCUGUUUGAUUUGUGAAUCGCUGACUUGUUUGUUUGUUUGCAUUUGUUAUUGUUGUGCAUCAGUCCUCCGUGUUCUCCAAUGUCCCUGCUGUCCUCCACUACCAUGGAGCCGUCUCAAAAAACAAUCACACAUUUAUGAUACAUAUCCAGUGCAAAUUUCAAACAUGAAAAUAUUUAAGAGGAGAGUACAACUAACUCUUGGUUGUUGAAGCACCCCUUAACAUUUUGUAUAAAAAAUAAUAAUAUGACGAGAAUUUCUUCAUUUUCAUAAUGUUUGUACUUAUUGUAUUGUACGAUUGUGUGUAUGAUUCCCGUCGUCUCCUUUGUACACUCGGGUGUGUUCACACAUCACAGGAAUGAAGCUAACACAAGUGCUGGAGAGCUGUGGCAGCCUCGCUGGAAGACUCUCGGGACUGGGACCUGGAGCCUAGCCUGCCGGGCCUACGGAGCAGAACUAGUUGCGAUCAGGAAACGAUAAUACAAGUGAUGGAAACAGAGGGCCGGGGAAGAGAGAGCGAGAGGUACGGGAGAGUAGCGGUAGGAGUUGAGGGUGGUGCAAUAGAUUCGGUGAUGUCUUCCUUGAGGAUAACUACUUCCACUACGAGUCGGUGCAGGUCCCCGAGCCACGCGCAGCGAAGCCUGGUUCCUCUUCAUUCCUUCUCGUUCUCUCUUUUGUUCAUUCGUUUAUUCCUCCUUUCUUUUUUAGGGUAAAUUAUGAUGUCAAUGCAAUGCACCACUCCUUAUAUGGUGUUUAUAUCCUGUUGCCAGCAUGGCAAAAGUUGGCAGAACUAAUGUUUAAGAACUAAAUAAAUCAACUAAAGUGUGGUAA